AGUUACCUAUAGUACUUACGUGUGCUAAGUGUUUAUGCAAAAUUUCAUCGAUAACCGGAGAGGUGGUAAAAAUUAGUUUGUAAUAUUUGACCUACACAAAACACACGGCAAGUAUAAAGUAAAGCCAUAGAGUAUCUUUGUAUACUGGAAAAGUAAAGCUUUUAAAAACGUAAAAUACAUCCCAAAAGAGGAUAUGUCUGUUGGUCCGUCUUUUUGCUCCGAAACCUCUAGAGUGAUUGUGUUUGUAUUUACCUACUAAACUAAAAAAGAACCUACGUGUAAUGUUAAUAAAUUUUUAAGCACGAGUACCACAUUCGGAAAGUAAUUUAGAAAUAGGUAAUAUAAUUUUGUAAUAUUUACUCCGUUAGUACACCGACGCGUUCGCUUGCAAAAGCAAAACUGCGAACCUAUCGUGAAUGCAAAAAACAUGCGGGUGAAGCCGCUGACUGAAAGCUAGUUUAUUAAUAUAAGAAGAUUUCUUUGAGAUUUUCUUUCUAUUGUGUCAAAGAAUCAAAGAAUAGUUAAAUGGUAGAGUAAAUGUAAAUCAGAUUGUUGUCAAUUUGACAUACGUACCAAUCAUUUUGUAAUGGAUAUUUUAUGUUAAGCUUUUCUAUUUAUUUAUCUACUGGAUAUUUUGUAUUUUUAGAGAAAAUUGUUAUGGAUUUGCAAUUCAGGUAAGAGUCUUAAUUUAUCUAUUUUAAAUAAUUGAUUUAAAUGAAUUUACUCCGUAAACUCAACUUACAGAGACAAUAUGUUACACUGCCCCUGUUAUGAUGCCCAUGAAGAAUUCCAAAAAAUAGUGGAUCUAAAGAAUACUGGUGUAGUCAUUUAUCGUCUUAAUUCUCAUCUAAAAUAUAUUAAUGAAGAAAGUGUUAUGAAGUCUACGUCAAAAAAUCCAGAAGAUAUAUUCAUAUUGCAUAAUACUAAAGAAAAUGAUAUAAUAUCCGCAAAUGUCAUGGAGGCUUUUGAUAAGUAUGGUAUAAGUUGUCCUCGUUGCAUACAUCUUCUUAAAAGUGCAAAAAAAAUGCUAGAAAUAGUACCGAAAGUUAAAGGAAAUGAAAUAAUGGGAGUUUGCGAUCACUGCCUUAAAAAACUUACUUCUUGUAUAAAAUGUGAUAAAGUAGUCAAAGAAUUUCUCAAAACUAGAAAAGAUGAUGAUAGCGAAUGUAAAAAACAAAAUCUUAAAAAGCACUUGUCUAAAGUUAAUAUUCUACUGAAUGACGUUAUUUGGAAAAAUAAACUUGUUCGUGAAAAAAGCGGGAUAUUGUCCCACUUGAACUUUUUAAAUCUACGCCAUAAUACCCCAGCUUUAUCUCCAGAACCAGAAAUUGAUAAUGCAUUAGAUCCAGGAACAAUGAGAAAAAGUUCCCCGUGGGCUCGUCUUAGACGGCAUCGUUCGUUACAUAUUCAUCCAGGGGUGACAAAGACAAAAAGAGGAAAAACAGUAACCAAAAAUGUACUUUUUUCGUCGCGAUCACAUGAAGAUUUGACUUAUGGUGAUGAUUGGUCAUCAAUUGGUGAUGACGACACUCUGCACUCAGAGACUCUUAAUUCUGCUGAUGAAGCAACAAGGAAAUCGCAUGACAUGAAUUUUGAAUUUAAUAAAGAGCAUGAUUCCAAAAUUGAUAAAACAAUUUAUGAUAAUUACGAGACAACGAAGAAUUGGCGUGACAUCAAUUUUGAAUUAAAUAAACAGCGUGAUUCCAAAAUUGAUAAACUUAAAAAUAAGCAAUAUAUAAAACUUGAAACAGACGUUGACACGAAAUCAAUCCUUGAUACCCUUAAAUUGACGAAAUCUAUGCCUGACGUGCAUACCGUGUUUGAAAAGAGCUUAUUACAUACACUAUCUCAAAAGUAUAACUCGGAGGAUAGUUUUUUAAAUGUAAUUUCAGGUUUAGAUGAUGACCAAUUAAAUAAUGGUUUUGAAUAUUGUUUUCCAAAAGAAGUUGAUGAUUCUACAAAGAAACUGCCAAGACUUGCAAGUUCUUCUGAAUUAAUUAGUAAUACACAAAAUAUGUUACGAGAAAUUGCUGAAAAAGAAAGAAAUAAACGUGAGGAAGAACACAGUAGGAAAAGAAAAGAGAAAGAGGAAAAACAAAUUGCUCUUAAAGAGAAAAGAAGUAAAGAAAAAGAAAGGCUGUUGCACGAGGAAGAAACGAAGGAAAAGAAAGAAAUUGCUUUUGAUGACACAAAAAAAGAAAAAACUCUUACUGAUGACGAUUUAAAACAUAAUUUAGAAAGAACUCAAAUAGAGGCAGAAAGUAUAGAACAAAAGAAAGAAAUAGAAACCAUCGAAAAUGUAGAAUCAAAACAAACUAAAGAAGCAUCUAAGAAAAAUAAAAUUGAACAAUCUCAUAACCAAAAAGUUGUUAUUACUCGCGAUAAAUUAAAAAAAGUAAAAGAAAAAAGUUAUGAUGAACCAGUUGAAUCUAAGGAAGAGCCAAGUAGUUCAAAUCGAAAACAAUUAACUAAAUCACUGUCAGAUAAAACUACCGAGGAUCUAAAGAAAGGCUUUUCAAAAAAUAGAGAUAAUAAAGACAUUAGUAUUACGGAAAAAGAUGUUCAACAUACAAGAGAUAGAAAAAAACCUUUAAAUGAUUCAAUGAGUAAGAGAGAAGACGUUGUGACGAAAAAAGAAAAAGAACUUGAAGACACCAUUGAAAGGAAAAAAAAAGAUAGUAAUAUGAAAUCUGACAAAGAUAACGAAACAAAGAAGGAAAGGCACAAAAAAGAUUUGAGACCUGCACAUGAAGAAAGUAAAGAAAAAUCUUCCAAAGAAAUAGAAAACGUAAACUCUAAAUCACCAGUCAAAGACAAUGAACAAAAAAAAACAAAGGAAAACGAUGCAAAAAAUGUAAAAGAAAAUAAUGCAGGAAAAGAUGAUAAAGCAGCUGCUGAUGAAUUCUUGAAACUUCUCGCAGCACAGAAUAAACAGAAAGAAGAAGACUCGAAACAGAAAAAACUUAUGGAAGACCAGCAAAGAAAAGCAAAUGAAGCAGCCGAUAAAGCUACAAGCAACGUAACGAAAAAACAAUCAUCUCCUCAUACAAAGAAACCUGCGAAGAAAUUACCAUCUCCAUUAUCUCCAAAAACUAAACGUGAUCAUUUUGAACCAAACAAAGCCGAUUUGAGCAUUACUCAUAUUAAAAUGAAAAAACAGUCGGGUGACGAUUUAUUAUUAAGACUAGUUCGGUUACAUAAAUCAGGUGCUCGUAAAAUUUUAUACAAGAAAAACGAUGAACAGAAAGCAAGGGAUAUGUUAGCGCGACAUAAAAGGCAUAACAAAGAUUUAAAAAAUGGUUGUAUUAUAUGUAAUCAAUCUGACAUUGAAUUAGAACUAGAAAGUCUUCUUGGCCAUAAAAACAUUGGCGAUGAAUUUGCGAAUAUGAUAAUAGGUGAAAAAAUUUAUAAAUAUAAAGCACCUUUAAAAGACGAACAGAUUAGUAUAUUUAAAUUGGCCGAUAAAAAUAUCGAAGAAAUUGAAAAGAAAAAUGAAGAGCCUCCCGAAAAAGAAUGUUUAAAAACACCAUCACCAGUAACAGCAAAAGGAACGAAAGCAGUAAGUAGUUUUUAA